AUUGAGUCAAGACUGACAUCCCUGUGUGUGUGAUCGGAAUUCGAAUUUCUCUGCGUCCGGACUCCGUCGAUCUUCUCCAACAUGAGCAGUGGGAAGCUCCUCAACAUCGAACCUCUCAAACUCAAGUUCCCCUUUGAACUGAAGAAGCAUAUCUCAUGUUCUCUUCAAUUGUCUAAUAAGACCGAUGCUUAUGUCGCCUUCAAGGUGAAAACAACCAAUCCGAAGAAGUAUUGUGUUCGUCCGAACACUGGAAUUGUCAUGCCGCGAUCUACUUGUGAUGUUAUGGUUACCAUGCAAGCACAAAAAGAGGCUCCGCCUGAUAUGCAAUGCAAGGAUAAGUUUCUUCUUCAGAGCGUAAAAACUGUUGAUGGUGCUAGUCCGAAGGACAUCACUCCGGAAAUGUUCAACAAGGAGUCGGGGCAUGUGGUCGAGGAGAGCAAAUUGAGAGUGGUGUAUGUUUCUCCUCCUCAACCACCGUCUCCAGUACCAGAAGGUUCUGAGGAAGGAUCCUCACCUAGAGGUUCUGUUUCAGAGAAUGGAAAUUCCAACGGUUCUGACUUCACACAAGUAGCGAGAGGGUUUACAGAGCGACCUGAGGCUCAAGACAAAUUGGCAGAGGCUAGAGCUCUUAUCUCAAGACUGACUGAAGAAAAGAAUAAUGCAAUUGAACAAAAUAGCAAGCUUCGCCAGGAACUGGAUCUACUGAAGCGGGAAGGCAACAAAAGUCGUGGAGUAUCAUAUGUCAUUGUCGUAUUAAUUGGCUUACUUGGCAUAAUAAUGGGGUUCCUCUUGAAGAAGACCUAAGCAGUUAUAUGCUUCAAUUUGAUCGUAGUUUCUUUGUUCCUGACUUUCAAGCAAUUAUUAGAAAAGUUAAAAUAGAGUAAUUCUGCAGAUGUUGAAUUUUCUUUUUCUUUUUCCUGUUUCUUUUCUUUUCUUUUCUUUUUUUUGGGGUGGAUAACAUUUUGGGAGUAGAAAACAUUAGGGAAGUUGUGGGUCUGUGGUUAGUCAGAUUGUGAACUGACUCAUACUUUCGGUAACAUGCAUUCUUUUUGUAACUUACCUUUUGUGGUUCAUCUAGUGACUAAAUGAUAAUGUCAAGUUGUCAACGAUAA